AUGGCAAAAGAAUCGGGAUCAUCCAAGAUUGAAAUGUUAGAGAUUAGCAAUGAAGCAAUGGCAGAAGCACAAUCAUCCAAGAUUGAAAUGUUAGAGAUUAACAAUGAAGCAAUGGCAGAAGCACAAUCAUCCAAGACGGUAACAAUGAAGCCCGCGGAGGCAGAAGAAUCCAAGACGGAAACACAGAAAAUCACCGACGAAGAAUCAAAGAACGUUCCGAUUGCGGCUACAGAAGAAGAAUCGAAGAAGCUUUCGAUCACUAAGGUAGAAGAAUCGAAGAAUGCCGCAACCGCAACAACCGAGGGAGAGAAAGAAGAAGCGAAGGUUUCGCUAAAGACCUUAGACGGUGUCACCUUUGAGGUGGAAGCGUGGAUCGCGAAGGAGAUGGAGACGGUGCAGGCCUACAUCGAUGACACCUCCGCCGACACCUCCGCCGCCAUCGCAAUUCCGCUCCACAACGUUGCCGGCCGCGAACUCGCCCGGAUGGUGGAGUACUGCAAGGAGCACCGCCGUGCCUCCGUCUCCGCCGGCAACCUGAAGGAGUUCGAGGAGCGGUUCGCGGCGGCGCUGAACCUCUACGAGAUGAAGGAUCUGAUCAUCGCUGCGAAUUACCUCAACACGAAGAAGCUCCUCGAGUCUCUGAGUCGUUGCAUUGCUAAAGCCAUCAAGAACAAGAGCGUGGAGUUCGUGAGGGAUUAUUUUGGGGUUACGAACGAUUACACGACGGAGGAAGAGGCGCAGUAUCGCGAAACGAACGCCUGGGCCUUUCGGAACGUCGAUGAGGAUUCAAGGAAUUAG